AUGGCCCCUCCGAAGAAUGCCUCCUGGAACCAUGUUGUCUCUCCUGCGGUCCCGCCCAAGGGUGUAUUUCCUCCAGUAUUAAGUCCUCCAGGACUCACUGUCGAGGGCCAUGGCUCAACUAACAAUGCUCCCGCUGGUCCUUAUGCCCAAGCCCAGGAGGAUGAAAUCCAGGUUCUCCAGGCAAUCUAUAUGGAAGACUAUGAAGACGUAGAAACAAGAGGUGCAUGGAGCAGAACUUCAGAUCGGGCCUUUCGUCUGAGAUUGAAAGCCCCGGAGAAUCCCAGCGUAUCGCUGACUCUUUCUGUUAAGCUUACAGCAACCUACCCAAAAACCAUACCGCUGUUGUCCAUCGACAACUCUGUAAGUCUUCGCCGCAAAACGCAACAAGACCUGGAUAUCCUUCUCAGAUCAAAACCAAAGGAACUCCUCGGUGAGGUAAUGAUCCAUGACAUUGCUCUUUCAAUCCAGGAUAUCCUGGAGGACGAGGUAGUCGCUCGAGACCGGGAUGAGGCCGGAGCCAGCUUAAUUGAAGAGCAUGCUGCUCAGGAGGCUCAGGCUGAGCAGCGAGCAAUUGAAGAACAGAGAUCUCUGAUGCGUAAGGAGGAAGAGGAUAAGGCAGAGGAGCAACGAGUUCUGGCGCAAAUGGUCGAAGAGGAGCUAGCUAAGCAGCGAAAGGAGGCGAAACGCAAAAGCAAACUCACACAGCCUUUGCUAUCUCCUGAGCUCAUAAAGUCGUCAAAUUCUGGCCAGCUCACUUUUGAUCGCGUCAUUGAGAUUCAGGACCAAGGGUCCACCUUGAUCUUCGGUGCUGUCUCGUCUCUCGCUCCACUCCGCAAAGGACCCCUGACUGAGGUUCUCACUGCACAGCCCGCCGUAGCUUCGAGCAUAUCGCCGACCCUUAUUAUCAAGCAAGCUAUUAUACUUAGUCCAACAUCCAAGGAAUCCCGCUUAAAAAAGGCGAUGCGAGAGUUCGAGGACGAGCUAGAGGAACUUAAGAGAAUCCGCCAACCGAAUAUCGUUGCUCUUAUUGACUUUAAGAUAGAGAAGCUACCAGGUCUGCCAUUAGGCCACGACAAUAGCUGGCAGAUCACGAUGCUGACAGAAUUCGCUAACAAAGGCUCUCUUAGCGAGAUGCUUGAGUUUGUGGAGUCGUUCCCAGUAGAAAAGGUAAGGUCGUGGACAAUCGAGCUCCUGGAGGCGCUCGAGUUUUUUCAUCGUAAUGGUAUUGUCCAUAGGAGGAUUCACGCAGGCAAUGUGCUUCUGUUUGUACCUCCGCAUGGUGGGCCGCCAACUGUGAAACUUUCUGAUGGAGGUUAUCAAGAAUAUCUCUACGAAUUGAGGAACAUAUCUCGCUCUUCAGCGAAAUUUGCAUCAGCCAUGUCAGCCUAUUGGGUGCCACCGGAAUUGAACAAUGAAGCAAGCACAAAACGCACUCGCAAGACUGACAUAUGGGAAGUUGGCGUAGUGUUUUUGCAGAUGUUGUUCGGGUUAUCUGUUUUGGAAAAGUACGACUCUCCAAGCGCUGUUCUCGAGCAGAUGGAUCUUUCUGAUGCUCUUGAAGAAAUGCUACGCAAACUCUUCAAGCCGGACCCGAAGAAGCGUCCAGCGGCAUUCGACCUGAUUCCCUGUGAAUUUCUCCGUAAUGAUGUACCGGUGUUGUCAGCUACCGCACCUACGUUGCACUCAAGGAUGUCAUCGUCAUCAAUCAACUUGCCUGAGCGGAGAUUGCGACGGGAGUCGUCAGCAGGUGUUGCAGGACCGUUCUCCAGGUUCGCGAGUGAGUGGGUAGAGUCCGGACGACUAGGUAAAGGUGGCUAUGGUGAGGUUGUUAAAGCUCGUAACAAGCUCGAUGGCCGCAUAUACGCAAUCAAGAAAAUCAAACAGAACUCUGCAUCAGCUUUGACUGAAGUUCUUUCUGAAGUGAUGCUUCUGUCCCGGCUAAAUCACCCUUAUGUGGUUCGAUACUAUACCGCUUGGCCAGAAGAUGAUGUCUCGGGAGUAUCAGAGACAGAAGAGGAUUCGAGCACCCUUCCGGAUGAAAGUUCUUCGGCACCCCUUCGUACAAAACCUGGUCUUGACUACGCAACCAGCACGGGUGGUCUAGAUUUCAUCAGCUCUAGUGGAUUCCCUAGGAUUGAAUUUGGCGAAGAUUCCGAUGAUGGCGAUGAUGAAGAGGAUGAUGACGGCGUAGUGUUUGGUUCGGACACAGACGACGACCUAGAUGAGCUAGGCUUGGAUGGAAAGAAAAGCCCAAGUCCGCUCAAACUCAGAAGAACGAUAUCUAGUAAUCGCAAUGCACGUACUGUCAAGACAACGCUUUACAUUCAGAUGGAGUACUGUGAGAGACAUACCUUGCGAGACUUGAUCCGAAGAGGCUUAUACGACGAUACGGAUGAGAGCUGGAAGCUUUUUCGUCAAGUACUGGAAGGCCUGGUUCACAUUCAUGGACAUGGCAUUAUUCAUCGCGAUCUCAAGCCGGACAACGUCUUUAUCGACGUCGCCAACACUCCAAGAAUUGGCGACUUUGGUCUCGCAACUAGUGGUCAGUAUCAUGUAGCUGAUAAAUCAUAUCUCACGCCCAACGUUGAUGGUGAUAUGACACGAAGUAUUGGAACCACCUUAUACGUUGCGCCCGAGCUCAAGUCCGGAGUUGGAGGGGGUAAUUAUAAUGAUAAAGUCGACAUGUAUUCUCUGGGAAUCAUUUUCUUUGAGAUGUGUCAUCCGCUAAAGACUGCGAUGGAGAGAGAUCAAGUUAUUCGUGCAUUACGAGAAAAGGAGCAUGCCUUACCACCAGAUUUUGAGUCAUCUGAAAGGUCCCUACAAGGUAGUAUCAUCAUGUCGCUCAUUAGACACAAACCGAGCGAGCGGCCAACCAGCUUGGAGCUGCUCCAUAGCGGCAAACUACCCUUGCAAAUUGAGGAUGAAACAAUCAGAGAGGCAUUGAAAGGAAUUUCGGACCCAUCAUCGCCCUAUUACCAAAGGAUGAUGUCUGCUUUGUUUAGCAAGAAUCCUGAUACCCAAGUCAAGGAUCAAGCCUGGGAUAUCGGCAUGGCUAGUGGCAUGCAUAAUCUCAAGCUAGGAGAUGUGCUUCUACAGAACACCGUCAAAGAGCACCUGACGGCGGUCUUCCGUCGACAUGGUGCCGUAGAAACGCCACGACAGCAAGUGAUACCUCGAUCGCUUCAUUACGCCAACAGCAAUGUAGCGCAACUCCUCGACUCAUCUGGCACGCUUGUACAGCUACCGUACGACCUGAUUCUCCCAUAUGCUCGCAGUAUCGCGAGGCAGGCCCCACCUGCAGAUCGGACGUUUGCUUUUGGUAGUGUGUACCGCGAUACACAUACUGGCGGGGCUCCCAAAAGCACGGGAGAGGCUGAUUUCGAUAUAGUGUCAUACGGUACCUUGGAUUUGGCACUGAAAGAAGCCGAGGUGAUCAAGGUCAUGGACGAGGUCAUCGAUGAGUUCCCAUCCGUCUCAUCUGCUCAAAUGUGCUUUCACCUGAACCACUCGAUUCUCCUAGACCUCAUCCUGGACUUUUGUCGGAUCAGCAGUUCUCAACGACAUGCGGUCAAAGAGGUGCUGAGUAAGCUCAACAUUGAUCAGUGGACAUGGCAAAAAAUACGCAAUGAGCUACGCUCACCAACGAUUGGCAUCAGUGGGAUGUCACUCGAUGACCUGGCGAAAUUUGAUUGGAGAGACACUCCAGAGAAGGCCAUGUCGAAGCUCCGUAUUACCUUCGAAGGGACUGACUUGAUUGACAGAAGUCAAGGUGUCUUUGCUCACAUGAGUGCUGUAAUAGGAUACCUCAAACUCUUCAAUGUACACCGCAGGGUUUACAUCUGCCCACUCAGCAACUUUAACGAAAGGUUCUACUCUGGCGGGAUCUUAUUCCAGUGCUUGUAUGACACAAAGCGUCGAGCCGUACUUGCAGCUGGAGGGCGCUAUGACAAGCUCAUUGAAGAACAUCGCCCCAAGGUGCAAGGUCAAUUUACUGGAUGCCACGCAGUUGGCAUGAACAUUGGGUGGGAGCGACUCGUGAGUUCAAUGUCACGGUACUAUAAGCAGGUACCAAAGUCUCCGUUCUUAGCGAAGAGAGCAACCGAUACCGAUUCAAUGACAGGACAGUGGGCAGCGAGACGUUGUGAUGUCCUAGUUGCCAGCUUCGAUUCAGGAACACUGCGUUCUAUUGGCGUGAGGAUGGUGGCAGAUAUAUGGGCCAACGACCUAAGCGCAGAGCUUGCAGUAGACUCGAGAUCUCCGGAACAAUUGCUCUCACUGUACAAAGAAGACAAGCAUAGUUGGAUUGUCAUCAUUAAACACGACGCAGCAGCCCUUGGCAAACCUGACCUGAAAGUCAAGUCUAUGAUCAAGAAAGAGGAUACUGAUAUCCGCUCCAGUGAACUUUUUUCUUAUCUACGGGCUGAAUUACGCGAUCGUGAUCAUCGUGACGGUGUCGCAAUAUCAUCCACGCGACCAAGCUCUCGCUUUCUCCGAACACAUAAUUCUUCGGACUCUCACUCGAUUCCGACCAUGUCUUCUGUGUCCGCAUCCAGGUCCAAUGUCGAAGUUCUAGUAGCACAACAUCGAUCAAAGAAGAUGAACCGGUUGCCUGUCAUUGAAGCAGCUCAGUCCCGUAGUCGCGAGCUGUUGAAUGGUUUCCUGACUGCACCAAUCGCAGCAAUCGAGACAAAGGAUCAAACCAUGGAGGCGAUUCGAGAGACAAGAAUGAGUGACCCAGACGGCUGGCGACGAGUGAUUCAAAGUGUGCCUUUAGCAGAGAGGGAAUAUCUACAGGAUGUCCAUAACAUGCUUACACGCUAUGCAAAAAGAUGGAAGGACGAAGGACAUCCCGCAGAAGGAAGAGCUGCGUUUGUUUACAACUUCAGAACAACGGGCUGUUUCCUCUAUGACCUUGGACUUUGA